CCAUAUCGCACAUAAUAAGGGAAAUCGAGGCAUCACAACCAAAUCGCACGUGCUCCACAAUUGAUCAUGUGUGUGAUGCUGUUGUCCAGGCCGCAGCUGUGAGAAGGGACGGUUUCCUUGCUUUCUAUCAGGUCUAGAAUAGAAUGGCACAACUUAUCCUAGAAGAUGGAAGUCGAUUUGCUGGAAAAGUUUUUGGUGACAAAAGAAGUAUAUCUGGUGAAGUUGUAUUUCAAACUGGAAUGGUUGGCUACCCUGAGUCAUUGACUGAUCCAUCUUACAACAGUCAAAUUCUUGUACUUACAUAUCCAUUAAUUGGAAAUUAUGGCAUUCCUGACAAUUCUAAAGAUAAGUAUGGAAUGCCAAAUUUUUUUGAGUCUGAGCGAAUUUGGACUAAUGGUUUAAUUGUUGGUGACUUGACCGAAGAUUACAGUCAUUGGUGUGCAGACCAGUCACUUUCUUCUUGGCUGAAGUCUCAUAAAAUACCUGGAAUUUAUGAUAUUGACACCAGAGCUUUGACAAUAAAGAUAAGGCAAAAAGGCACAAUGUUAGGAAAGAUUGUGGUUGAUGGGGAUAAUGCUGAUCAGAUUCCAUUAGAAGAUCCAAAUAAAAGAAACCUUGUUGCUGAAGUUUCUUCAAAGAAAUCAAAGGUUUAUAAUGAAGGAGGAAAGUUUAAAGUAAUCGCUAUCGACCUUGGCAUAAAAUACAACCAAAUACGAUGUCUCAUUGAAUGUGACUGUCAAGUUAUUGUUGUUCCUUGGAAUUUUGACUUUUUGGAGCUGCUCAAAAACAAAGAAUAUGAUGCCGUCUUUCUUAGCAAUGGUCCUGGUGAUCCCACUAUGUGUCAAGUUACUGUUGAUAAUGUGAAGAAGUUACUGCAAGAGUUUCCAGAUGUCCCUAUCUUUGGAAUAUGUAUGGGUCAUCAGUUGUUAUCACUUGCUGCUGGUUGCAAAUCUUACAAGAUGAAAUAUGGCAAUCGGGGUCAUAAUCAGCCAUGUGUUCAUGAAGAUACUGGAAGAUGUUUCAUAACUUGUCAAAACCACGGUUUCGCCAUUGACCCAAAGACAAUACCAUCAGAGUGGUCAGUUCUGUUUACAAAUGCAAAUGAUAACAGCAAUGAAGGAAUUGUUCACAAGACGAAACCUUGCUUUUCUGUACAAUUCCACCCUGAGCAUCAAGGUGGUCCCCGAGAUUUAGAACUUCUGUUUUCAUUUUUCAUCAACAUUGUAAGGCAAGUUAAAGAUGGUAAAAAACCACACUUGAGAGAUUUACUGACUGAAGAAAUCAAGUAUGAACCUAAACAUGGGUUAGAGACAAAAGCAUUUACUCCAAAGAAAGUGAUCAUUCUUGGCUCAGGUGGCCUAUCAAUUGGUCAAGCAGGCGAAUUUGAUUAUUCAGGCUCACAAGCAAUAAAAGCUUUAAAAGAAGAGCACAUACAUACAGUGUUGGUCAAUCCCAACAUUGCAACAGUACAAACUUCAAAAGGACUUGCAGACAAAGUUUAUUUUUUGCCAGUGACAUUUGAAUAUGUCAGUAAGGUAAUAGAGGCAGAAAGACCAGAUGGAAUACUUCUUUCAUUUGGUGGCCAAACAGCCUUAAAUUGUGGUCUUAAGUUAAAAGAGCGAGGAGUUUUGGAGCAGUUUGAGGUGUCCGUACUUGGAACUCCAGUGAAGUCAAUUGAAUGGACUGAGGAUAGAAAAAUGUUUUCAGAAAAAAUGGAAGAAAUACAUGAGCAUGUUGCACCAAGUGAAGUAGCUUACAAUGUUAAACAGGCUUUAGAUGCUGCUAACAAUUUAGGAUAUCCUGUUCUUUUAAGAGCUGCUUUUGCAUUGGGGGGAUUGGGUUCUGGUUUUGCGUCAAACGAUGAGGAACUUAUAAAGUUAGCAACUACUGCUUUUGCACACUCAAGACAAGUUCUUGUUGACAAAUCUCUGAAAGGUUGGAAAGAAAUUGAAUAUGAAGUUGUUAGGGAUGCUUAUGAUAAUUGUAUUACAGUUUGUAAUAUGGAAAACUUUGACCCGCUUGGUAUUCAUACAGGAGAAUCCAUUGUUAUUGCGCCAAGUCAAACCCUAACCAACGAAGAAUACAAUAUGCUACGACGAACAGCAAUUAAAGUUAUUAGACAUCUCGGUGUAGUUGGCGAAUGUAAUAUUCAAUAUGCUUUAAACCCACUUUCUAAAGAGUAUUUCAUUAUUGAGGUUAAUGCUCGACUUUCAAGAAGUUCAGCUCUGGCAUCCAAGGCUACAGGCUAUCCUCUGGCAUAUGUUGCUGCCAAACUUGCACUUGGGAUUCCUUUGCCAAAAUUAAAGAAUUCUGUAACAAAUUCUACAACGGCUUGUUUUGAACCAUCUCUUGAUUACUGUGUUGUGAAAGUACCACGUUGGGAUUUGGCAAAGUUUCAGAGAGUUUGUACAAAGAUUGGAUCAUCCAUGAAAAGCGUUGGUGAAGUAAUGGCUAUUGGCAGGUCUUUUGAAGAAGCUAUUCAGAAGGCUCUUCGAAUGGUUGAUGAGUAUAAUCUUGGAUUUGAUGCACAUGACUAUAUCUUAAACGAUAUUGAACUACAAGAGCCGUCUGACAAACGUAUCUUCUACUUGGCUAGUGCGUUAAAGGCUGGGUAUAGUGUUGAGCAGUUGUAUGACCUUACUAAAAUUGAUCAUUGGUUUCUUUACAAACUUCAAAAAAUAUCUCAGUUUGGAAAGAUGUUGGAAAAAGAAUUUACGGAAGAUGAAAAUAUUCCUCCUAAAGUUUUAUUAAAAGCCAAGAAAAUGGGAUUUUCAGACAAACAAAUAGCAAAGCAUGUACAAAGCACUGAGCUAGCCAUUCGCAUGCUUCGACUUGAAUCAAACAUUUUACCUUCUGUUAAGAAAAUUGAUACUGUUGCUGCAGAAUUUCCAGCUGAGGCAAACUACUUAUACCUAACCUACAAUGGUGUUACUGAUGAUGUUAAGUUUGGAAACGGAGGAAAUGAAAUAAUGGUGAUAGGUUCUGGUGUAUAUAGAAUAGGAAGCAGUGUUGAAUUUGACUCGUGUGCCGUUGGUUGCAUCCGUGAACUUAAAAAGCUCGGAAAGAAAACUAUCAUGGUGAAUUUUAAUCCUGAGACUGUUAGUACAGAUUACGAUGAGUGUGAUAGAUUAUAUUUUGAUGAAAUUUCAUUUGAGACUGUUAUGGACAUUUACUGCAAAGAAAACCCAGAAGGAGUUAUCUUAUCUAUGGGAGGACAAGUUGCAAAUAACAUUGCUAUGGCUUUACAUCGACAGGAGGUCAAUGUACUUGGAACCUCACCAGAAAUGAUUGACACAGCAGAAAAUCGUUUCAAGUUCUCACGUAUGCUUGAUGGAAUUGGUGUGUUGCAACCAGUUUGGAAAGAAUUAACAACAAUGGAAGAAGCAUUCAUGUUCUGCUCAAAUGUUGGAUUUCCUGUACUCGUUCGUCCUUCAUAUGUUUUGAGCGGUGCAGCAAUGAAUGUUGCAUUUGGUGAAAAUGAUUUGGAAGCUUACCUCGGAUCAGCUGCUGCAGUUUCUAAGGAACACCCUGUUGUUAUCUCAAAAUUCAUAAUUGACGCAAAAGAAAUAGAUGUUGAUGCUGUAGCAGCAGAUGGCGAAGUUUUGGCAAUAGCUGUCUCAGAACAUGUAGAAAAUGCAGGUGUUCAUUCGGGUGAUGCAACCAUGAUCUGCCCACCACAAAAUCUUAACGAUGAAACAUUAAUGAAGAUCAAGCAGAUCUGUUUAGAAGUUGGAAGGUCUCUAAAUGUGUCCGGUCCUUUUAAUAUGCAACUUAUUGCUAAGGAUAAUGAAUUAAAAGUGAUUGAAUGUAAUUUAAGAGUUUCAAGAUCAUUUCCCUUUGUGUCAAAAACUCUUGAUUUUGACAUGGUUGCUAUGGCAACGAAAGUUAUUAUUGGAAAAACAGUGGAACCCUCGAUAGGAAUCAUGAGCAAAUGUAAAAAAGUUGGAUGUAAGGUUCCCCAAUUUUCGUUUGCAAGACUUGCUGGUGCAGAUUUUGAGUUGGGUGUGGAAAUGGCCAGUACUGGUGAAGUUGCAUGUUUCGGUGAAAAUAAGUAUGAAGCUUAUUUAAAAGCAAUGAUUAGUACUGGCUUCAAAUUGCCAAAAAAAACCAUUCUUCUUACGGUUGGAAGUUACAAGGCGAAGAAUGAAAUGUUGUCAAGUGUCAAGUUAUUGGAAGAAAUGGGUUAUGAAUUGUACGCUAGCAUGGGAACUGGUGAUUUUUAUCAAGAGCAUGGGAUUAAGAUACAAGUUAUUGAUUGGCCAUUUGAAGAAAAUGGUAUGGAAGGUCAAGAAGAAAGUAUCCAAGAGUACUUGUCACAAAAUAAAUUUGAUUUGGUUAUUAACAUACCAAUGAGACAAACUAGUACGAAAAAGAAAUCUCAUUUUGUUACGCAUGGUUACAGAACUCGCAGACUGGCUAUUGAUCAUGCUGUCCCACUGAUUACUAAUAUAAAAUGUGCAAGACUUUUUUGUGAGGCUUUAUAUCGUAUUGGUAAGAAAGUGGAAGUAAAGACUCACAUUGAUUGUGUUACUGCUGGAAAUAUAAUACGUCUUCCUGGUCUAAUUGAUGUGCAUGUUCACAUGAGAGAACCUGGUGCAGUUCACAAAGAAGAUUUUCAGUCAGGUACAGCUGCUGCUUUGGCUGGUGGUAUUACAAUGGUUCUGUGUAUGCCAAACACAAAACCUGCAAUUACGGAUGCAGCUGCUUUUGAAUUGGCUAAAAAGAUUGCAGAUAAAAAUUCAAGAUGUGAUUUUGCAUUGUACGCUGGUGCAUCAACAGAUAAUGCAAUUGAAAUUUCAAAGUUAGCACCUUCAUGUGCUGGUUUAAAGAUGUACUUGAAUGACACCUUCACUACUUUAAAGAUGGAUAACUUAACAGAUUGGAUGAAACAUUUUGAAGCAUGGCCAAAGCAUCUUCCUAUUGUGUGUCAUGCUGAAAGCCAAACAACUGCUGCGGUGUUGCUAGUGGCAGAAAUUUAUGGCAGACCAGUUCACAUUGCACAUGUAGCCAGAAAAGAAGAGAUCUCAAUUAUUAAAGCUGCUAAAAAGAAAGGUUUGCAAGUGACAUGUGAAGUUGCACCACAUCAUUUGUUUUUAACUAUUGAUGAUUACCCAAACAUUGGCGAAUUGAGAGGUCGAGUAAAACCACCACUUUGUACCAAGGAAGAUCAAAAAGCAUUGUGGGAUAACCUUGACAUAAUUGAUUGUUUUGCUACAGAUCAUGCACCCCAUCAUGUAGAUGAAAAAGAUUCUAAGAAUCCUCCACCAGGAUUUCCUGGCUUGGAAACAAUGUUGCCACUGUUAUUAACAGCAGUCAGUGAAGGUCGAUUGACAAUUGAUGAUAUCGUGUUGCGACUUAAUACAAAUCCAAGACGUAUUUUUGGUUUGCCUGAGCAGCAAAAUACUUAUGUCGAAGUUGACAUGUCAGAAGAAUGGAUUAUUCCUGAUGCUUUAUCAUACACUAAAUCCAAAUGGACCCCUUUUGCUGGAAUGAAAGUUCAAGGGAAAGUUUGUCGAGUUGUACUAAGGGGUCAACUUGCAGUUAUCGAAGAUCAGGUCUUGAUGAAACCUGGUUUUGGUGAAGAUAUUCGUUCUUGGGAACCACCUCAUUGCUUGCCACCAGUAACUGUUCUUGAACAAAAAAUAUCCAGUAUAACCAAAAAGGAUACACAGUCUUCACUCCUUAAUGUUCCAACACUUCAUGAAACACUGCGAAAGAAAGAUUCAAAUGAAGAUACUCCUGCCAGCCCAGGUGGCAAAGCUGGUUCUGCUCCAUCCUUCUCCUUGCCAGCAACACCACAAAAAGCGUUAGAAGAUGUUUUUCAAGAUACACCACACAUAAGUGUACCCACUCUUGUCAUGCAACAACUCCCUCCUUCAUUGCAAUCACAUGCUUUGUAUGGAAAACAUAUUCUGUCUGUGGAAACACUAAGCAAAGACCAUCUGGGUUCCUUGUUUAACCUUGCUCACUACAUGCGACAGGAAGUGCGGAAGGGAAAGAUAUUCGAAACUUUAAAGGGUAAAGUUCUUGGUUUAAUGUUUUUUGAAGCCAGUACAAGAACUUCAGGUUCAUUUCAAAUAGCCAUGCAAAGGUUGGGAGGAACUGUGUUCUGUAUUAAUCCAUCAGAUUCAUCUUUAAAGAAGGGAGAAUCAUUAGAAGACACUGUGCAUACGAUGAGCUGCUACUGUGACGCUAUUGUUCUGCGUCAUCCAGAGAAAGGCGCUGUCCAGCGUGCUGCCGAGCACUGUCGUCGCCCGAUUAUAAACGCUGGAGAUGGGGUAGGGGAACACCCUACGCAAGCUCUACUUGAUGUUUUUACAAUCCGGGAAGAAAUUGGAACUGUGAAUGGAAUUACUGUCACAAUGGUGGGCGAUUUGAAGCAUGGUAGAACAGUACAUUCUCUCGCUAGACUACUAACUCUCUACAGAGUCAAUUUGCAAUACGUUUCACCAAACUCGUUAAAAAUGCCAGAAAAUGUGAAAGCCUAUGUAGAACGCAGAGGGAUUCCACAGAAAGAGUAUCCAACGAUCGAGGAUGCUUUACCCUCCACCGAUGUUCUCUAUAUGACGCGCAUACAAAAGGAACGAUUUUCCACUGAAGCUGAGUAUGAGGAGGUACAUGGGUGUUACAUAGUAACACCGAAACUUUUAACAAAAGCCAAAGAAAAAAUGGUGGUUAUGCAUCCUUUACCCCGAGUAAAUGAAAUCAGCAUUGAGGUAGAUUCUGAUCCACGAGCUGCUUAUUUUCGCCAGAUGGAAUGUGGGAUGUAUGUUCGUAUGGCGCUGCUAGCUUUGUUGACUGGUCGCUGUUGAUCUACCACGUGUGUUCUUGCGUUAUAAAAAUAUUUUUAUUGUCAAUCAAGUUGUAUUAGACACUUGUGAAUAAAACUUGUUGGACGAAAUUACCUCUUUAAAACUUGAAUAACUCCGGAAACUUGAGGUUUUCACCAGCACAAGCAUAAUUCAGUUUGGGUCUAUUAUGACGGCGAAGAAAUUUAUAACUAUUUUAUUGCUAUCGCAUUUUUCCACUUGCAUUACACCCUUAGCCGAUAGCCUAAUCUAUUUCCUGGCCGAAAUACCUUUAAGGUGUGAUAUUUAAACGGUUUCGAAUUUCUUUAACUUCAUUCAAACGUAGUUUUUUUUAUUGAUUUCGGGUUUUCCCCUGACAUGUUUUUUGCUCACGUGGGUUCAUUCAUAAAAAUGAUUGCGCUUUAGAAUUUUAUAUUUCCCAACAGAUUUGCAUAAAAAAGACUAUCCGAUCCCGGGAGACUUUAUAUAUAUAUUUUUGCUUCAAAUAUCUAAAAACGUCUAUAGAGAAUAGCGGAUAACCAGUCCAUUUUUAGAACUUUGCUUGUGAUUGGGUUAUUUACUUAAUUGUUUUUUUAGUAACCGGGGGUAUGGUUAUAUUUUUUUUACUUUAUAUGUAAAUGUAAUAAAUACAUAUGGUAUUUCAUUUAAUAGGUAUAUUUUCUUGUAUUGUGUUAGUUUUAUAUUGUUUAUUUAGUUAUUAAAACAGAAAGAAGAAAAAAAUAACAUAAUUAUA